AUGACGAACUUCUGCCAACCCUCUCCUGCGCUCAAACGCAGCGAGCUCACCAGCUCUGCCACACCGCAGACGCGGCCUCUGGACCCGCUGUCCCCGCCGGCGGUCUUCUGCCACCGGGCCGGAACCCAAACCGCUCCCUCGCCCGCUCCGAGCACCGGGGCUGUCCUUACCCCCCGCCGAGAUCGGGAGGAGCCGCAGCUCGACGGUCCGGGAGAGAGGCACCCGCGGGUGUUCAAACGCUUCGUCGAGAUCGGCAGAGUUGCCUUCAUUUCCUUCGGGCCACAUGCUGGCAAGCUGGUGGCCAUUGUGGAUGUUAUUGACCAAAAUAGGGCACUGGUUGAUGGCCCCUGCAGUGGUGUCAGAAGGCAGGCCAUGCCCUUCAAGUGCAUGCAGCUGACUGAUUUUGUCCUCAAGUUCCCACACAGUGCUCGUCAGAAGUGUGUGCGACUUGCCUGGGAGAAGGAAAAUAUAAAUGAAAAAUGGGCAGCGACAAGAUGGGCAAAGAAGAUUGAAGCCCGAGAAAAGAAAGCCAAAAUGACUGACUUUGAUCGCUACAAGGUUAUGAAAGCAAAGAAGAUGAGAAACAGGAUCAUCAAGCAUGAAAUGAAGAAGCUCCAGAGGAUGUCUUCUAAAAAAGGCAAGAAGCCAGAGAAGUCAGAGAAGCCAGAGAAGCCAGAAAAAGCGCCAAAGUCAGAGAAGGCGCAGAAGGCACAGAAGGCGCAGAAAUAAAAUGAACUUCUAGUUAUGUACGACUUUGUGUCCCUGUUCCGAUUCUUUAAAAUUAACAAAUGGUUAAACAUCUGAUUUAAAUUGUAAUCAUAAGUUCACUUUUGCUUCUGACCAA